GCAGGCAGGGGAGGCAGUCGCGUUUUCCUUGCUGUGUGUGUACUGUAUGCCAGUUCGCCAGAGAAACCACCGUACAGUACAGUACAGCUAGUUACAGUUAGCAGAUCCACAUAGAAUUUAUGUAUGUAGACUGACGCAUACGUUGAGCAGGCACCGGUUCCUUCUUGAACCAGACAACUGGGACCAACCAUGGACCUAUUCGAGUUUGACUUCUUUAGGGACUGGGAACUGGAGCAACAGUGUCAUUACGAGCAGGACCGCAGUGCACUCAAGAAGAGGGAGUGGGAGCGGCGGACUCAGGAGGUGCAGCAGGACGAAGAUCUCUUCUCCUCCGGGUUUAAUCUGUUCGGGGAGCCGUACAAGACAGAAGCACCCAGUCUAUCCACUUUGGGGGGGACCAACAACCUAAACAAGACCAACAAAGGUGAUGCCCUGGCCAACCGAGUACAGAACACUCUGGGGAACUACGAUGAGAUGAAGGAGCUCCUGACCAGCCACUCCAACCAGAGCCACCUGGUGGGGAUCCCCAAGAACUCUGUUCCCCAGACCCCCAGCCCCAGCUUCUUCACCGAGGGGGGCCAGAGGACGAGCAACAGGGCGAGCACGGGGCACAAUACCACCUCCAUGCCCCCUCCGCCCUCCUCUUCAUCCCUGACCAGCUCCACCCGGCUGAGCAGCCAUCAGAGCUCCAAGAAGAACCGCUCCUCCGACUGGUUGCAGGGAGCCCACUGCUCCAGCAGCACUAGCACCCAAGGGAUGGGGGGUAAGGGGGUGGGGGGGCAGGGGGUGGGGGUCCCAGCCAGCAGCAGGGGGAAACACUCGUCCACCCACGAGCAGCAGCAGCAGCAACCCCAGAGACACGAGGAGCUGUUCAGCUCACAGGGCGACGUCGUGGGCCACAAGGGAGACUCCAGCAGCAGCCCCACCUCCUCCACUAUCUCCAGGAGGCACGGCGGCGGACAACAGCAGGCCCCUAAGGCCCCUUCGGCAGCCGAGCAAUGCGGAUACAAGGACAGCAACACUCAUGUUAUGUCUCCCCUGGAGCAGGAGCCGGACUCCCACGGGUGCAGUUCCCCCAUGGCCUCCACCUCCCUGCUUCCCAGCGGCCUUUCCACGCCCACCUUCCCCCAGGGCCUGCAUGUAAAGCCCAGUGCCGUGCAGCAGCAGAAGCCCACAGCCUACGUUCGGCCCAUGGACGGCCAGGACCAGGUGCCCCUGGACUCCCCGGAGCUCAAGCCUCCUCUGGAGGUGGGGGACGUGGGCUACAGCAACCCAGCCUUUGGCAGCACCACCACCAGCUCCAAGAGCAAGCUGCCCAAGCUGACCCUGACACAGACUGGAGAGGUCAGCCUGUCCAGUGACUCCAGCUGUGUGGAGGAGAUUCUACGGGAGAUGACCCACUCCUGGCCUCCUCCCCUGACUGCCAUCCACACUCCAGGCAAGGCUGAGCAGACCAAGUUCCCUAUUCCCUCCAAGGAGUCACAACACUUACCCUCAGGAUACGCUGGACAAAAGCGGUGCAAUGUUCCCGGUAACAAGCCUGCAACCAAGUCUGUACCACAGAAGUCAAUGCUUGAGGAUGACCUGAAGAUCAGCAGUGACGAGGAGGACACUGAACAACAGGCAGCAGAGAAGCCCAAGCCCAGAAGUACACCUCUCAGCAUCCCUGUGGCCACGUCUCGGACCAGUGACCCGGGCCACUCCAGCGGUGCCUCGGGCAGCUCCAGCGAAUCAGAGAGCAGCUCCGAGUCAGACUCAGAUAGUGAGAGCAGCUCCAGUGACAGCGAGUGUAACGGGGCCUCCCGGACCGCCACCCCAGAGCCUGAACCUCCAUCAACAAACAAAUGGCAGCUGGAUAAGUGGCUGAACAAAGUAACCCCACACAACAAAGCACUUAUCAAUACCCAGCCAGAGAGAGAGAGCCAUGGGCUCAGCAGCACCCAACCUGAACACAGCCAACAGGCCCCUGAGGCCCCAGGGAAGAGCAAGCCUGGCCCCACCGCCCUGCUGGCCCUGACCGACCCCAAAGAACGGGCCCUCCUCAGCCCCAUCCGAGAGAAGGCCAAGCCUAAGACUGGACCAAAGGUCUCAGAGGGCAAGAGUUCAAAGGUCAAAUCCCCAGCCGCGGUGGCGGUGGAGCCGGCCCCAGCCAGGCGCAGCUUGGGGAAGAAACAGCCGAAGAAAGUAGAGCGCUCAUCCAGCCUGGAGGAACACACCUCCUGGUCCAAGCCCAUCAACCCCACCAUCAGCACUACACCCAAGGAGAAGGACCCUCCGCCCCUCCUGGAGCCACCCAAGUCCAGGACCAAGAGCACCAGUGGGAAGACUGCCCCUAGGAAGGAGCCUCGCACCACCACUACCACUACAAUUACUCCAGCUCCUCCUCCGCCAGCCCCAGUCCUGGACAAGAAGAAGCACAGGGGGCCCAGCAAGAUCAUCCCCAAGUCCAAGGAGUUCAUCGAGACGGAAUCUUCGUCGUCUGAGUGCCACUCUGAACCAGAGGAGCUGGUCAAGAUCCAUAACCCUCCCUGUCCAGGACCCAGCAGUCUGCAGACUCUCAAAGCAGCCAAGGACUGCAACAGUAAUAUCCUGAGUGUCAGUAACCUUACCAGCACCUGCAGCACUUCCAUAUCCAUCCCAGACCCUGGGGCCGCGGACCUCCUAGGGGACCCCCUCUUCUCCCCCGUCCCCAUCGUCCAGAACGAACUGCUGUCCCCUCUCAGGGACUUUGAGGACAUCAAGUCACUGUGGGUGAAGAUCGAGCUGAGCUUCCUGUCUAGGAUUCCAGGGCAGGACCCCCCUGAGCCCCCUCCUGUGAAAGUUGAGCCACGGGAACCACAUGAACCCAGCACCAAGCACAGACGACAGUCCCCCGCCAGUCUUCAGUCUACCCCUGUUGAGAAACCACCUAGCAAGGCCAAGAGGAAACACAAGACAGACCAUUGUGAUGCUGUCGGCGGAAGCAAGAAGUUACGGUUGGGGAAAGACCCCAUGCUUCUUCCCCCAUGCAUUUCACCAAUACACAACCACAAGAACAUUAGCACAAAAGACUCUCUGAGGAAACAGCCCAGGAAGAGAGAGGAGAAGCGAGAGCUGCUGCCUCCCCUGCUUUCUCCACUCUCCGACGAACCCCCUGUCCGCCAGCGCAGGACCAGCGAGUGUUCCUCCGUCAGCCAGGAGGGCGGCGCUAGCAGCGCCACCAGCAACUUAUUACUACCCACCCUCAGCUGCUCUCUGCCCCCCUUCUCCUCCUCCUCCUCCUCCUCUUCCUCACACAAACACCGCAGCAAAGGAGAGAGCAAAUCCUUCUCACAUUCCAAGACAAGCAGUGAGGAAGAUACCCAUAGCAAGCCGUCUGGCAGUUUCCAUGGCAACGGUCAGUCCGAUUCCGACGUUUGGUCCAACCCGUCAUCUCUGUCCAUGGACCACAUGGAGCCCAGGAGGCCCAAACUAAUGUUCAAUAACACAGUUCACAAUGCAGACUACUACAUGCAAGAAGCCAAGAAACUAAAGCACAAAGCAGAUGCACUGAUGGAGAAGUUUGGCAAAGCCGUUAACUACGCUGAUGGGGCGCUGUCGUUCAUCGAGUGUGGCAACGCCAUGGAGCGGGACCCGCUGGAGGCCAAGUCUCCAUACACUAUGUACUCUGAGACAGUUGAACUCAUCAGGUAUGCCAUGAGGUUAAAGAACUUUACAAGUCACUCAGCAACUGUAGCCGAGAAGAAAUUAGCUGUUUUGUGCAAUCGUUGUUUAUCCCUCCUGUACUUGAGAAUGUUCAAAUUGAAGAAGGACCAUGCAGUAAAGUAUUCCCGUUCCCUAAUGGAGUAUUUCAAGAAAAGUCCCCAAGCACCUUCGCCAUGGGGAGCCAAUGGAAAGAGCACAGGCACCCCGUCGCCCCUGUCUCUGAGUCCCUCCCCGGUCAGUUCGGUGAGCAGCAGUACGGGCCCUGGCCUUGCAGGCUCCGGUGCCUCUGGUGCCUCCGGUGCCUCCGGCAACGUGGCCAUCCCCCAGCGCAUCCAUCACAUGGCUGCUAGCCACGUCAACAUCACCAACAACAUCCUCCGCAGCUACGAGCACUGGGACACGGCCGAGAAGCUCGCCACAGAGAGCCAAGAGUUCUUUCAGGAUCUGGACUCAAUGAUGGAACCGUUGAGCCAACACAGCAGCAUGACAGGACUGGUGCGCUACAUACGCCAAGGACUGCACUGGCUACGGAUAGAGGCCCACAUGUUAUAGUGCUGCUGGAACUGGAACUGAACUGUCUGCCACUGUCUGUCUGUCUGUCUCACAGCUCCAUCACUACCUCUACCAGCCAGCAUCACCCAGCAACCCCCAGUCUCCAGGCAUCUGACUCCAGCCCCAGGGGCCCCCACCACACUCUGCCAGCCAGCAAGCCCCACUCUGUCAACUCUCUGUGGUCAGAGGUCAUCAUGAUGAGGUCAUCAUCAGCUCUACUGCACAGUCUGUCUCUCUGCUCCCUCAAUACAAAGUUGACAUUUCCGUUGGAUGUGGAAAGAAAAUUGUGAAAUCCAAACCUCAAAGUGAAUGAAAGGACAGUCCCACCUAAGACCUGUGGAUUGUCUCCAAAGCAUGCCAAUAUAAGAGAAGGAUCUCUGUGGUGCAGUAUGGUGGUUGUUUUGGUUGUUUUCUGCCCGACCGAGCCUGUGAUUUCCCUGUUGUUGUUUUGAUCUGACCACCACUAAGGGCCUCUCAGAACACCUGGAGUAUUGUUCACAUUUCACACCUCCAUUCCAACAGGCAGAUGUCUCAUGAAGUUAUAAGUGCUAUCAACUCUUUUCAUUGUUUGUUUUUUGUCGAUGCCUUGAUGAACUGGCCGACAGAAGCCAGUUGGAUAAGUCUCUCUCUACUACUAUCUGAUAGUGGUGUUUAUUUAUGGUCCAUCAGACCUCAGUCUCACAUCAGAUAAUAAAUAGAGCAACAGUUAGCCAAUGCCUACCAUAAGUCCCAGUGGAACAACAAAUCAUUUGAAAUAAUUCCAUUACUUGUUGCACAUUGGAAAUGAACAACAAAUAAUCAAAUUCAAUCUGCCACCUCAAGCAAUUCCUCUAGUUGUGGGGGGAUUUGCAUAAUAAUGUAGUCUACUACAGCAGAUCUGAUAACAACUGAUCGGGAUCGUGUCUUUUAGCCCUAGAGUUUGGUGGUGUUUUUUUUUUUUUUUGGGUUGAUGUCAUUUUUGUACCUUCAGUAAUAAGAUAAUAAGAGGCUGGAUUUAUUCCAAAGCAGCACUGAUUUUCCAUGGGUCUAAGGGAACAGGAAAUACAUAAAGUGAUGCAUCACCUGAGACUGUGUUUAAAUGAAUAUGAAUCAUGCAAUCACUGUUACAGCACCACCACAAACAGUAUAUGCCACAAUUAGUCCAGUAAUGCUACAGAGGACCUUUACAUUAUCUUUUCAAUGUCUUCAAUAACUGCUGUGUUGUAUAUCGCAACUCUUUUGAAAUUCAAUGUUGGUUCAGUUGUGCAUGUCCACAGAGAGGUGUAGAGUUUUAAAGCAUAAUCCAUAGUAACACUUCUUAUGUGUUCUGUGCAUAGUUGUACAUUUGAUCAUCCGUAUAUUUAAACUUGGCUUGAUGGACAUACUGUAUGCCAUCUAAAUGAGAUACAGGCAGUUUUCCUAAGGAGGAAGUAUUAUGGUUGGUUUGUUGUUGUUUGUUUUUAUUUGGAUGUGAUGUGAGAGAAUGAACUGAAACUAAGUGUGUGUGUUGCACUGUGCAGAGAUGAUUUGGGGAUGGAUUCUCUAUUGCUGGGUGUCUGUGCCUCUCUCUCUUUCUAUAGCACCGUCCAUACAAUGUGUUUCAGUAGACCAUAUCUCCAUGGCAAUGUGUGAAAUAUGAUUUUCACUAUGAUAAAACAAAGUGCCUCCGUAUCCAGUGAAAAUUAUUAAGAGUCUAUAUUGAAGAACAAGAAUGAAUCUAAAUGAUUUUUCCAUACCAUAUUGGUAUAUUAGAUUUUUUCAUAAAACCACAAUUUAUUAAUGUACUUUUUACUGGCAAGUAUGAUACCAAGUUUGGCUUUAAAAUUGCAAAUGUGUGACUUACAUGUAUCAAAUUUCUAACUCAGUUACUGUUUAGAGGAUGGUGAACGGGAUAUUCAGAAACGCUUAAACAUGUAAAUGCUUAAUGUGACUUACUAGAAUCAGUAGAUGAACACUCCAACCCAUUUACAGCAAUAGCUGGAUGAUAGCGCUAAUUGUGUUAAUUAUCUUGUUACUAAGAACAAGAGCAGAAUCAAAAGACAAAUGCACUUAAUUCAUGUUCAGUGUUUCUGGCAUUUAGAACGGUGACCCAUAUAAAAUGUUUGGAGUUUUUAUCACUUGAUCUUAGGCCAAAUUAAGCGUUUUGGAAUGUCCCAAGAAAAGACUGAACAAAUUAUAGAUAAAACAACAUGUUGAACUGGAUUGAAAAAUCACUUGAUGUUGAUCCAUUAACUGUCUUAUUUAGAUUUCAUGUCAUUCAGUGUUGUUUUAUGGAACAGUGUUUGUAGCCUACAUGCUAUUGUAACCUCACAAACAGUGCUCAUUUAAGUCUAAAUAUAUUUUAAAGCUGUAGGAAGCCACAUCAUAUGGUAAUAGCAAUAUUUACACCAGUCUUAAUGUAACUAAAUGAAUUGAGAAAUAUGAAAGUGAACCUAACCACUUAAACUUUAUUUUUACUGUAUCUGAAGUGCAUUUUUCAUUUUGCCUUUUGCAACAACAACUUGUGAUAAUAAUCUCAUAGCUAUCAGUCAAUGUUGAGUUGAGGGAAAUGAAGCGUGUGCAUAAUUUUUUUAUGCAAAUGAUCACAUUUUCUCCUCCAGUCCAAAUUAGCCAACUGUCUUUGCCCCUAUGAGGGAAGCAGUUUGUACACUUCCAGUGGCUUUUCCCAGCUGUUCCUAUUCACGCUAGAGACAGGCCAUUCUGUCAGGGAAAUCUGUGGCCCUUUGGCAGCUAGUCAACAGCACCAAGCAGCACUAGCACUCUGUUCUUUCUCUCUCUCUCUCUCUCUCUCUCUCUCUCUCUCUCUCUCUCUCUCUCUCUCUCUCUCUCUCUCUCUCUCUCUCUCUCUCUCUCUCUCUCUCUCUCUCUCUCUCUCAUCCAUCAUCUGAUAUAAACAACCAGCUCCAUACUCAGCCCCAGUCUGGCACCGACGAGGAGCAGCUAAUGUCUUGCAUUCAUUCCACAAUGAGGAAAGGCUGAAUCAAAUUGGCUUAUACCCACCAGGGAGAACACAAUCAGUUUUUGUUUAAAAUUUAUGGUUUUAUGUCUAAAACAAGGAAAUUAUGAAACGUUGAAUGAGGUGCCGUCUGGACUGGCAGUGUUACCAAGCCAAUGUAUGGUGUGACCUAGUCCUCUGUUUGGUAAAACCAGGUGAUGAUAAUAACAUAUCAGGAAGGAAUUACUACUCAUUAAAUGAGUCCCUAAUUGGCUUGAUUUUAUAUUGCUGCUACAAAUGUUGAUAUUUCAUAGAUAGAUUUAUGAAUACAGGAAUUUUCAUUUUAAAAUGAAUACUUCUAGAGAAUUGUAUUGAGAAUAGCCUACAAAUCUUUGACGCAUUGCAGAGUAAACAAACAUAUGUAAACUAUCCUAGCUAGAGUAGGUACAGUAUGAAGUGCAGCUCACCUUCUGCGUCUUCUCAGUUCAAAGCCUGAACAGUAUUUAUUACAAUCAGGCACUACUUAAGAGCAGAAUCAAUAAGAGUUGUGCCCUCAUGCAGUGUUAAUGUUCAAAGGAUGUUAUCCUAGGUUCACUGUAAUUAGCUCCAAUGCAAACAAAUCAAGCUCAUCUAAGGCAGAGACAAGGAGGGAUGUCGGCAUGGCGGGAGUCAAAACCAACCAUUUCUGCUAUCAAACUCAUCAUUAUUAUUAUUAUCAUACACCUAGAAGAAAUCUGACAAACUAUCAACACAAUAUUAUUGUGUUACAAAUUGUUGUAUAUUUAUCAUGUUCUUAAUCAUAAUUUAUUCUAUUUCUUUUUUUUUAAACCUGCUUUUUUGUCUGGAGUGAGUGAGGACAACACAAAGCCUUAUAGCUUGGCUGAAGUCUGUCAUUUUGGUGUUUUUCUUAUCUCUUGUUCCAUUGUUCAGGAACAAUUAUCUCCAAUUAAAGGAAAAUUCCACCCAAAACGUUCUAUUGGUAUUUGUUUUGUCAGCAAUCAAGUUUUUAAGAUAUAUAACCUUCAAAAUACAUAAAUACAGCCGGU